AUGUCUUCCAAGAAGCAGGACUAUAUUGCGAAGGUUAGUUACAGGAACUCGCUGCCUCCGCCGCCACUGCCGCCAAAACUGCUCAAGUAUCGGUAUCCUGACAAUGAAGCUGUCGAAUCGCCGCAGCUGAUCACCUCGCUAUACACUAAGACCAACGUCACGCCCCUUAUUCAGCUGGACAAGGAACUGGGGAUGCCGGUAGACCUGCUUCGGAUUCCAGGUGUGCUGAACCAGCAAGAUACGAAAAACCUGUACGGGUACGAUUCGGUGAAGCUAGUACCAGAGGACCGUAUUCUGCUCCGAGAUCCCCGUGUAGACAGGCUAACCAAAACUGACUUGUCGAAGGUGACGUUUUUGCGCAGAACUGAAUAUGUGUCAGCGGCGACCACGGCGAAGAGCGAGCGGAAACGGCCACUGGACGCCACAGCGGAAGCCAACGAGAUACUGACGCCCUCGCGUAUCGUGCAGAAGGUGGAGUCCACGUUUGAUAACGUGGUCACAGACUUGUCCAAGAUCAAGCAUCCGAUAAAGAAGAAUGUGCAUGCGGUGAAGACUUGGAGCCUGUUGCCCGACACUGCUUCGAUGGAUCAGGCGUUCUUCGCCGUCAAAAUGGUAGGGUCUGCGGCGCUGGAUAACAAAGAAAAGUCGAAUCUCGACAUGUCUACCGCGCUGUUCCGGCCAGUGGAACUGGAAGAAGACGAGUGGGUGUCGCUGUAUACCACGGAGCCAUCCAGCAGCAAACUACUAAACGACGAGCUCGAGCAGCAACUCGACGAGCUGUCGGAAAGCGCCAACGUCUACAAAUUCCGGAGGUUUAAGGACUAUGACAUGAAGCAGAUAUCUUCCCCCACAAACAGUAAGUUUCUGUCUGAACUCGCUCUGCGCUUCAACAACGAGAAGGGUGUGGUUUACUACAAGCCAUUGCGCUCGCGGUUAGAACUCCGUAGAAGGAGAAUAAACGAUGUUAUUAAGCCGUUGGUCCGUGAGAAUAACUGGGACCAGAUAAACCUGACGCUCAGAAAGCCAACCACGCAGGAAACGAAAUUUAGAGACAAGGUUAGAAUGCGCUUCGACCCAAUUGACUUCCCAAAUGUUGACGAUGACGAGGAUGAAGAGAUGGAAGAUGUAAGUCCCGAACAUAUGGUCGCUGAAGCAGACGCCUCUGCGGAAGAGCAGCGCCCGGACGCCUCUGACGAUAGCUUGAAGGCCACUGAAGAACAAGAUGCACCUAUGUAG